AAAGAUGAGCUUGAUAUGGAGCGACUUCAAAGACUUUACUCAUCACUUAGACAAGAGACAGAGCAACUGAAAGAACAGCUAAGAGAAACAGAGAGAGAGAAGUGGACCCUCAAAGAUGAGAAUCAGAAGCUACACUGUCAGCUUAUAAAAGGUGACCCUUUGCUUCACAAGAACGGAGAGGGCGUGGCUAUAAAAGGAGGAGCCAAAGGAACUCAACCACUUCAUAAAAUAUCAAGCACUGACUGUGACCCAGAGAGACAGCAGGAGAGAGAAGUGCAGUCUGGAACUAAGAAAGCAAAGUCUUUGAUAUCUGCUCCAUCAGAGGCUUCAGAUAUAUAUGCAUCAUCAGGUUACCUUCCCAGCUCUGUUGAUGGUGUCUCAAACAUUGUCAGUAUACUUAAUGAAGAUGUCACGACUAGUGUGCUUCCCGAGUCAUUUUCCCCCGAGCAGCAGCAACAGCUGGUCUAUGCUUUACAGAACUGCCACAGCAUUCAAGAGCUUAUCUCUUGUCUCUUCUCCUAUUCUCUCUCCUUCUCCGCCUCCUCUCAAGAAGGCCUCGUUGAGAACGAGCAGUUACGUUCCAAAGUGAAGCACUUGGAAGCCGAACAUCGUAGACUGAGCACCUCUUUUGAUACUGUGAAGCACGAGUCAGAGUACAUGUUUUGCAAGUUGGCUCAAGUCGAAGGCAACAACUGCUGCCUAAGACACAUCACUAAACUAUGUAAGCAGGCUUGUGAGGUCCACGAGCUCCUCUACGAAAUGAAGUUAUCUCCGACCUCAUCUACUUCUCCGACCUUCCCUUCCUUCCCAGAAA